GGGAGGCGGGGCCGCCUCAAUCCUGGGCAGGGGCGGUUCCAUACAGGGUAUAAAAGCUGUCCGCGAGGGAGCCCUGGCCAGCUUUGGGGUUGUCCCUGGACGUGUCUUGGUUCCUGAAUCUCACGACCCGACAAAGGCGACGCCGACGUCUCUUUCGGCUAAAAGACUCAGUGUCCAGUGCUACAGCCUAGGGGUCUAAGGAGACCGCCGCCCGCGCUGCCACCAUGCCCAACUUCUCUGGCAACUGGAAAAUCAUCCGAUCGGAAAACUUCGAGGAUUUGCUCAAAGUGCUGGGGGUGAAUGUGAUGCUGAGGAAGAUCGCUGUGGCCGCAGCCUCCAAGCCAGCAGUGGAGAUCAAACAGGAGGGAGACAGUUUCUACAUCAAAACCUCCACCACCGUGCGCACCACAGAGAUUAACUUCAAGAUCGGGGAGGAGUUUGAGGAGCAGACCGUGGAUGGGAGGCCCUGUAAGAGCCUGGUGAAAUGGGAGAGUGAGAAUAAAAUGGUCUGUGAGCAGAGGCUCCUGAAGGGAGAGGGCCCCAAGACCUCCUGGACCAGAGAACUGACCAAUGAUGGGGAGCUGAUCCUGACCAUGACGGCGGAUGAUGUUGUGUGCACCAGGGUCUACGUCCGAGAGUGAGUGAUCGUGCAUAGAAGAGCGGCCACUGCCCCCCACCGGCCAUGCUCACCGCCCUGCUUCACCGCCCCCUCCCCUACACUCCCUCCUUCUAGGAUAGCGCUCCCCUUACCCCAGUCACUUCCAAGGGUCACUGGGAUGCCUCUUGUAGGAUCUUGCUUUCUUUGACCUCUUCUCCCCUCCCCUACACCAACAAAGAGGGAAGGCUUGCAAGAGUCCAGAUCACCCAUUCCGGGUUCACUCCCCGCCUCCCCAAGUCAGCAGUCCCAGCCCCAAACCAGCCCCCAGAGCAGGGUCUCUCUAAAGGGGACCCGAGGGCCUAAGCAGGAUAGACUGGCCCCUCUGGCUUUUACCCUUUGUCCCUGUAGCCUAUACAGUUUAGAAUAUUUAUUUGUUAAUUUUAUUAAAAUGUUUUAAAAAAAA